AUGUCUACUCCAGCUCAAGCUCAAGGUGGUGAAGUUCCAACUUUCAAAUUAGUCUUAGUCGGUGAUGGUGGUACCGGUAAGACAACUUUCGUUAAGAGACAUUUGACUGGUGAAUUCGAAAAGAAAUAUAUUGCCACCAUCGGUGUUGAAGUCCAUCCUUUGUCUUUCUACACCAACUUUGGUGAAAUCAAAUUCGAUUGUUGGGAUACUGCCGGUCAAGAAAAAUUCGGUGGUUUAAGAGAUGGUUACUAUAUCAAUGCUCAAUGUGGUAUUAUCAUGUUUGAUGUCACUUCCAGAAUCACUUACAAGAACGUUCCAAACUGGCACAGAGAUUUAGUUAGAGUUUGUGAAAACAUUCCAAUUGUCUUAUGUGGUAACAAGGUCGAUGUCAAAGAAAGAAAAGUCAAGGCCAAGACCAUCACUUUCCACAGAAAGAAGAACUUACAAUACUACGAUAUCUCUGCUAAAUCUAACUACAACUUUGAAAAACCUUUCUUAUGGUUAGCUAGAAAAUUGGCUGGUAACCCACAAUUGGAAUUCGUUGCUUCUCCAGCUUUGGCUCCACCAGAAGUUCAAGUCGAUGAACAAUUGAUGCAACAAUAUCAACAAGAAAUGGAACAAGCUACUGCUUUGCCAUUACCAGAUGAAGAUGAUGCUGAUUUAUAG